AUGUUCUUCUUCCUGCUCAACCUGGCCCUCACUGACCUGGGCUUCAUCUGCACCACUGUCCCCAAAGCCAUGCACAAUUCCCUCUGGGACACCAGGGACAUCUCCUACACAGGAUGUGCUGCUCAGCUCUUUUUCUUUCUCUUCUUCAUCAUAGCAGAGUUUUCUCUCCUGACCAUCAUGUGCUACGACCGCUACAUGUCCAUCUGCAAACCUCUGCACUACGGGACCCUCCUGGGCAGCAGAGCUUGUGCCCACAUGGCAGCAGCUGCCUGGGCCAGUGCCUUUCUAACUGCUCUCAUGCACACGGCCAAUACAUUUUCCCUGCCCCUGUGCCAUGGCAAUGCCCUGGGCCAGUUCUUCUGUGAAAUCCCCCAGAUCCUCAAGCUCUCCUGCUCCAAACCCUACAUCAGGGAACUUGGAGUUUCUGUUUUCACUGCCUCCUUAGCUUUUGGUUGUUUUGUGUUCGUUGUUUUCUCCUAUGUGCAGAUCUUGAGGGCUGUGCUGAGGAUCCCCUCUGAGCAGGGACGGCACAAAGCCUUUUCCACCUGUCUCCCUCACCUGGUUGUGGUCUCCCUGUUUAUCAGCACUGGUAUAUUUUCCUAUCUAAAGCCCACCUCCAUGUCCUCUCCAUCCCUGGAUCUGACCCUGUCAGUUCUGUACUCGGUAGUGACUCCAGCCCUGAACCCCCUCAUCUACAGCCUGAGGAACCAGGAGCUCAAGUCCGCCUCCCGCCUUCGCCGCCCCCGCGCUCGUAUGUGA